CCUGUUCUUGGUAAUUAUGGAGAGGAUUGUAAUCGGACCUGUUCAGUAAAUUGUCAAGAACAGCAAUGUGAGGUCGAUACUGGUUACUGUUUGAAAGGAUGUUCGCCAGGAUAUAAAGGUCAACUCUGUACUUAUGAAUGUGACGGAGGAAUGUAUGGUAUUAACUGUACUCAGUCUUGUGGUCACUGCUUAAACAAUGAACAGUGUCAUCAUAUCAAUGGUACUUGUUUACACGGGUGUUCUCCUGGAUACAAGGGUCAAAACUGCAAAACAAAGUGUGAUGGUGGUAUAUAUGGACAUAACUGUAACAAGAUCUGUGGACAUUGUAUAAACAAUACACAGUGUAAUCACGUCAACGGUACGUGUUUAGGAGGGUGUUCUGCAGGUUUCAAAGGAUUCCUAUGUGACAAAGAAUGUGACGGAGGAACGUACGGUGUAAACUGCCCCAAGACCUGUGGUCAUUGCUUAAAUAAUGAACAGUGUCAUCAUAUCAACGGUACCUGUUUACACGGAUGUUCUCCUGGAUUCAAGGAACCCCUCUGCAAGACAGAAUGUGAUGGCGGGAUGUAUGGUCUAAACUGCAGUCAAGUCUGUGGUCACUGUCUUAAUUAUAAACAAUGUCAUCAUAUCAACGGUACUUGUUUACAGGGAUGUUCUAAUGGAUACAAAGGAUCUCUCUGCAAUUCUGCGUGUGAUGGAGGUAUGUAUGGAAACCACUGCAACCAAAGCUGUGGACAUUGUAUAAACGAUGCUCAGUGUAACCACGUCAAUGGUUUAUGUUAUGAAGGGUGCUCUGUAGGAUUCAAGGGAUUGCUUUGCGACAAAGCAUGUGACGGUGGAAUGUAUGGAAUUAAUUGCAAUCAUGUAUGUGGUCACUGUAUGAAUGAUGAACAAUGCCAUCAUGUUAAAGGUACUUGUCAACAAGGAUGUUCUCAUGGAUACCAGGGAUCACUCUGCAACAUUGAGUGUGAAGGUGGAGAGUAUGGUUAUAACUGCAAUGAAAGCUGUGGACAUUGUAUGAUCAAUACCACGUGUAACCAUGUCAACGGUACAUGUCCAGGAGGGUGUGCUGUAGGAUACGAGGGGCCUCUUUGUACGAAUGUCUGUAGACCAUCGUACUGGGGGGUCAAUUGUAAAGAGCAUUGUAGUACAGACUGUGUCAACCAGACUUGUCAUCACGAGACAGGGCAUUGCAUAUCGUCCCUGCAGUCACAGUCUUGCGACACAUGUACGAUGGACUACACAGUAACCAUUACAAGUGUGACUGUCUCCAUACUAAUUGUUCUGAUGGGAAGUGCCAUAAACUUUUACAUCUGGAGGAAAAUGCAGCAAAAAGGGACAGUUUUGGACACCCAGAAUGACAAAGAGUAUUACAACGAAUUUUCAGCUGUGGCUACAGGAGAUAAACAAAGUGGGCGAGAUGUGGCUACUUCUCCGUAUGCAGAACUUAGUGAACUCGAUCACCAAAACACUUAUGAAGAACUUCACCAAUAUGAAAAAACAGACGGAAAAAUGUAGAUGUAGAUGUACGGAUUGCUGAUGUUAAUAUUUAAAUGUAGAACUCACGUUCAUCUCUAGAUUUAUUUACAUAGACUUUUUUGAUUGUUUAAUAUCAAUACAUAUUCUUGUUUCGUAUCGAGAGGACUUGCACAAGGUAAAACACUACUCUGGCUCAUACAGUCAUUUUAUAUGUACAUUUGAUAAUCACAGUCGUCUGCAGAAUAUCGAGCAGAAGAUAGUAUACAUGUACUUAGACAACAGAAGAAAUGCUUAACAAAGGGAGAUAAUAUUUAUACUUUCGCUUGCGAUGCAUGUAUUAAUUAAAUCCACGAACACAUGUUUAUUUACCACUGUAAAGAAGUUUAAACAGAAACAGCCAAAACAUGAUAUAACUACAAACUUGAUUUUUAAUGUCCCCUCUUUAAUCACGGAAAAAGUUAAUUGGCAUUUGUUUUACUCCAAAUCUUAGACCAUUUAAAAAAAAAACAAAACGUGAAAUACAUGAGGAACAUAUGUGUGAUGUUUAUGACGUCUAUUCAUUUUUUUUUUUACAAAUACCGUCUCAGGACGCGUCAUAUUGAUUUAACAUUGCUUAUAUCGUUAUAUUCUUAUGUUAAGGGAUAAGUUUAGGGUCAGUUUUGAAGUAAAACCUCAGGACAUGUAUAUGUGUUUUAGAUAAUCAAGAUUGUCAUAUUUUUCUAAAUUAUACUGUGUCUAAUUCUAUUUUAUGUCAAACUUGUUUGAAAAUUUUUCAAACAUCUCAACUACAAACAAAUAUGUACUAUAGCACGGUUUGGAGGGAGAAUGAUUCCCUCCUUAAUAAACUUUUAUUAUCAAAAUUAUCACAUUAUUCUUCAAACUGUACACCAUCUAAGGAUAUAACGAGCCAGAGAUAUUUGAUAAUCACAUUGAAU